GUUUAACACGCUGAAACACGCAGAGACCUUUACCACGAAGUAGACUUACGCGAAUUGGCGACACUUCUCUAUCUCGCGUUCGAGGUGACGCUUUUCAUACAUGAGAUUCUGGAGGCCCAGGUGCGCUUGGUCCAUGUCUUGACGCGCAGACGCGGUCAGGUCCUUCGCAGUUCGCGUAGCGGUAUUGGCUGCGCGAACAAGGGCUUUGAGCCGUCCUGUGAGAGCCGAAGCGCGCGUGUUCACGACAAGCGCAUCUUUGGACGUGUUCUCUGCGUCCACGAGGGUCUUGAGUCCGUCGAUGACCGCGAGGUAAGGCUCAUCGGAGGCCAUGCGUGUGACAAGCAGCCACUGACAAUAACGGAUUGGUCACGGACGGACAAAUUCGGUGUUAGUGGCAGUGUUGAAGUGUUCACACGGUCAAGUUAGAUGACGCAACCCCGGGCCGGGCUACUUAUUCAAUCUCCGUAUCACUCAGCGUUAUAAGUUUCUCUCAUCCUCUCUGUUUCACACAUCUUCCAGCCUUGAAUCAUGUCCAUCCCAGGCGCCAUUCCGUCCAUGGAGACCUCUCAUGAGGAGCUCAAGGACAACACGAUCAUCGUUGUGCUCGGCGCAUCGGGGGAUCUCGCCAAAAAGAAGACUUUCCCUGCGCUGUUCGGGCUGUAUCGGGUUGGCUUCCUGCCGCGCGAUGUCAAGAUUGUGGGCUACGCGCGAACAAAGAUGGAUGACGCCGAAUACCACAAGCGCCUGUCAUCCUACUUCAAGAACCCUAACGACGACCCCGAGAUCACCAAGGCGGCGCAGGAGUUCAAGGAUCUGUGCACCUACGUUUCCGGCAGCUAUGACGACGGGGAGGCGUUUGACGCCCUCAACGCCCAUCUCGAGGAGAUCGAGUCCCGUUACCAAUCCAAGCCAGCUCAUCGUUUAUUCUACUUCGCUCUCCCUCCCAGCGUCUUCGUUCCAGUGGCCAAGAAUCUGAAAGAGCACUGUUAUGCCUCCGGUAUCAACCGCGUCAUCGUGGAGAAACCCUUCGGCAAGGAUUUGGAUUCCGCCCGUGAACUUCUCGGAUCUCUCAAAAAAUACUGGACGGAGGACGAGACUUUCCGUAUCGACCACUAUCUCGGCAAGGAGAUGGUAAAGAACUUGCUUGUCCUUCGUUUCGCAAACGUUGCACUGGGUGCGGCCUGGGACAAGAACUCGAUCUCCAACGUACAGAUUACUUUCAAGGAGCCAUUCGGUACGGAGGGUCGCGGUGGAUACUUCGACGAAUUUGGCAUGAUUCGUGAUGUUUUGCAGAACCAUCUUUUGCAAGUGCUGAGUGUGUUGACGAUGGAACGGCCGGUUUCAUUUUCCGCGGAAGAUAUCCGCGACGAGAAGGUCAAAGUCUUGCGAUCGAUCCCACCCAUCGCCCGGGAAGACACGCUUCUCGGGCAAUAUGUCGCGGCAAACGGCAAGCCCGGAUACCUGGAUGAUGAGACUGUCCCUCCCAACUCCGUUUGCCCGACGUUCGCAGCGACGACCCUUUGGAUUCAUAACCCCCGUUGGGAAGGCGUCCCGUUCAUUUUGAAGGCAGGAAAAGCGUUGAACGAGGCCAAAGUCGAGGUCCGCAUCCAAUUCAAGGACGUGACCCAGGGCAUCUUCAAGGACAUCGCCCGCAACGAGCUGGUCAUCCGCAUCCAGCCCUCUGAAGCAGUCUACAUCAAGAUCAACGCAAAGACGCCCGGCCUGUACACUCGGGCCAUCCCGACUGAGAUGGAUCUGACGUACAAGCGCCGUUUUACGGAGACCAAGAUCCCUGAGGCUUAUGAAGCAUUGAUUCUCGAUGCGCUCAAGGGCGACCACUCGAACUUCAUUUUCACACCUAUCCUCCACUGGAUCGACGGAAAGGAUGGCGCUCGUCCCCGCCCUUCGCCGUAUCCUUACGGGUCGCGUGGGCCGAAGGAGCUGGACGGCUUCAUUGAGAAGUUCGGAUUCAAGAGAUCGGUUGCGAGCUACGUGUGGCCCGUGACCAGUUUGGCAAACCUUUGAGCGCAGAUGGAGAUGGAGAUGUACAAGCACUGAAUGUAAAAUGACAAUGGCAACGCAUACACUACAGAUCAGCCCGUCUGAACACGUUUUUACUGCCACUGCGCACGCCAGUCCGUCGUUUCGUCCUGCCUUUUCGGUCUUGCUCGGAAAUAUCGCCCUCGUCUCCCGUGUGUCCUCGCUCCAUCCCAGCACCGAACCGCUCCACUCCCUUGCGCGAUUGCGUUUUGGCAGGCCGUGAGUCAGGCACCAGUGGAUCUGAUGCAGAUGCCGUCGACGACGGGACCCAAGUGAGCUCGACACCGCCAUCACUGGUCCUCGUCGUUCGGGUCUCGGCGGCUCUGGGGGGUUUUCCACUGCCAGCUUUGCGCUGCCCAAAUGUAGCAUUGGGAUCGACGCCUCUGCUCCCACUGGCCGAUGCAUUCAUUGGCACCAGGGUACGUCGACUGGCCAGCCGAUUUUGCUCGCGAGCGCGAGAGUAAGCGUUCUCCAUCCGGGCGUUCUUCUGUCCCGGUCGAACUCGGGGAUCGAAUUCGUU